UCACACCACCAUGUUUCCUACUUAAGCACGGCCGCCUUCAACUAACAAUCGCCCAUUAAUUAGAAGUCUCACAGUCUUGGAUUCACAAAGCCGAAUAAUCAUCCAUAAAUUACAAGUUUCACAAUCUUGGAUUCACACAGGCUGAGGAAAUGGUGAACACUAAUGUGGUGCCCCAAAGAAAGUGGCGACAACUUAAAACCUCCAUAGUUUUGGGGGAUUAUGAUAUGAAAGUGAAGUUCAUUCCAUCCGUAGAAAGCCCAGACGAUUAUAAAAUAGACAUCAUCCUGGAUGAGGAAAACCCAAGUGAAGAGGAAGUGGAAAUCCCUGUGCAGUAUAAAGAAAGAGCUCAGAAUUGGAAGAUGCAGAUGAGAAAGCGUUCAACAAGUGGGAGAGUUGAAAAGUUCUACUAUAAAGAUGGUGUGAAAAAGUCUUUUAGGACCGUUAAAGCAGUAUCAAAUUACAUCCUGCAUGGACCCACUCCACGCAAAUCAUCAAAGAAGAGGAAAGGUGAAGCUUCAACCUCCAAAAAUGAAAAGAAAGCAAAGGAAAAGAAAGCAAAGGAAGAGGAAAUAGCAGAGGAGGACAUUUCGAGCAACAAAGAAGAAAGUCAUGCUUCGAGCAAAAAUGGUGAGCAGAGCGAUGCGGAUGAUGAAGGCCAAUCAUAUGAGGAGCUUCUUCGCUAUGUUGAUUAAAGUAGGGAUCGAAAGAUCACAUUAACAAUAAUGGCCAGCCUUUUUAUUUCUUAGUUAUGAAAACUUGACCUUUUUAUUUCAUGAAGAUGAUACAUUGGAUUGUUCAAUGAAACUAUGAUGUUUAAAUUA